AUCAUUUAAAUGUUGCCAUUAACCCUCCCAUCCGAGCCAGUUCUGGGGUGCUUCUAACGCCAGUCAGGGGUCUCAAGAUUUGGAGGCAAAAGCAUGAAGGCGAGACUGGGAGUCGUCGCGUGUGCCGCUGUGCUAAUGGCGGCAGUGUGUCACGCAGGUCCCCAGGCUUUAUCUAUAACCUCUAUAAAGCAAGAACCAUACACGAUGUCCAAAGACAACCAGCUGGAGGGAUACUGCAUGGACCUGCUUGCUGAGCUGGCCAAGAAGCUUGGCUUCAAGUAUAAUGUGCACCUGGUGAAGGAUGGUGCCUACGGGCAUCUGGACGAGCGCGGCCAUUGGAAUGGCAUGAUUGGAGAGGUCAUCAGGGGGGAAGCGGACCUGGCCGUUGCCCCCCUCACACUCACAGCCGCCCGGGAGAAGGUGGUGGAGCUCAGCAAGCCUUUCAUGUCGACCGGCAUUAGCUUCAUCAUCCGCAAGGAGGCGGCGGCCGAGCAGCCCGAGCUCUUUGGCUUCCUCAGCCCCUUCUCCACGGAGACCUGGGUGGGCAUCCUGGUGGCCUACCUCGUGACAGCCGUGUGCAUCUGUAUUGUGGCCAGGUUGAGCCCCUGCGAGUGGAGCGAGCCGGACACGGAGGACAACAGCUUCACGCUGCUGCAUAGCCUGUGGUACACGGCCGGAGCCCUGGCUCUGCAAGGAGCUGGCCCGCAUCCCAAGGCCUUUUCGGGACGAGUGAUCAGCGCCAUCUGGUGGUUCUUUGUAGUGGUGCUGCUGGCUAGCUACUUUGCGAACAUGAGCGCCAUGCAGCAGUCGGACAAACCUCACGUCUCCAUACAGACCUUCGAGGACUUGGCCAACCAGGAUGUGAUUGAGUACGGGACCCUCAGCGUUUCCUCCUCGCUGGCGUUCUUUAAGAACUCCAAGAACCCCUUGUACCGUAGGAUCUACGAGAACAUGGAGAGGAGGAAAAGCUUUGUGUCAUCGGUCGAUGAGGGCGUCCGCCGGGCCCAGGAGGGGAACUACGCCUUCAUUGGGGAAUCCGUAUCCUUGGACCUGACCGUGUCGCGCUACUGUAACCUGGUCCGUGGCAGCGACGUUAUUGGCAUGAGAGGGUACAGCAUUGCGGGCUCUCUAGGAUCCUCCUUCAUGAAGAACCUCAGCGUGGCCAUCCUGCAGCUCAGCGAGUCCGGCGAGCUCGACUUCCUGCGCAACAAGUGGUGGGCCAGCAGAUGCCUGGUGCAGGGGGAGUCCGGAUCUGACCCUCAUUCCCACAGCCUCAAGGGGCUCUUUGUGGUGUUGGGCCUGGGUCUGGGCAUCAGUGUGCUCCUGGCCCUCCUGGAGCUCAUCUCCAAGUCACGGAGAGGAGCCAAAGAGCAGAAGAAGAACUGCUGUUCCGUCCUGUCGGCCGAGCUGAGCCAGCGCUUGGGGACGAGCGGCGCCCAGAGAACACAAGAAACUACAGAGAAGAGCAAAGCCUGAAGCACCGCUCAUCACAGGGAGGAGCUCAUCAGCAAACUCACUAACCUGGCCUGGACAUCGAACCGCCAUUUAUUCAUCACCCUUAGAUGGGUAUUCUCUGGCGCAAAAGGAUGCUUUACAAAACUGCAUAGAAAGGCUGUCAAAUGUGAAAUAGGAGAUGAGUUUAGUAACAAAACGGGAAUAGUCUCAUUUAGUAUUCUUUAACGCUGCCUUUUCUACAGCAAGCAUUCAUCUCAGCUUCACUCCUUCUCUAUCCAAGUACGUUAAGCUGGUAAUAACAUAAUUCCAUAUAUAAUAUGUACAGUACUUUUCUUAAAUUGGUGCCAUUGUAUUAUUUUUGCGCACUAAACAUUAAACUCCACACUGUGAGGAUACAAAACUUGCACAUCUUCUGUUGUGCAUUUAUUGCGUACGUGCGU